AAAAUAGUAUAUCCCUUUUUCUCUCUCUAUUUAUAUCAUUACACACCACCUUCUUCUUCCUCCCUCCAUUUUCUCUUUCCUCUUCUUCUCUCUUUCUCUCUCCUCUGUUUCCCGCAGUUUUUUCCCCACAUCUCAAAAAUCCCUCAAAUUAUCAGACAUAUCUCCACUUAUAACUUAAACCUUUUUAAUUUUGGAUCUUUCCUUUUUCAUUUUAUUAAUUUUUUUAUUUAAAAAAAAAUUAAUUUACCCCUCUGCUUCGUUCUUCUUCCUGCAUAAGAAGCAGAAGGGUUAAAUUUCCUCUUAUAAUCUUCAAUAAUCAGUAAAUUUUCCCCCUCUUUUUCUUUCUCUAGAUCUUCAUUUUUUGUCUUCUGGGUAUUUUUUUUUGUUGUAAAAAAUUACCGUUGAAAAAACUUAUUUCCUUUUCUUUUGCAGGGUAUUUUUCAGCUUUUUUAAAAAUCCAUUGUAAUGCAGAACCAAACUUUAAAAGAACAAAAUGAAAAACCCAGUAUAAAUCAUGUCGUUUUAUCCUCAGAUGAUGAAGAAGAACAAACCCAAAACGAUAAGCAAAUAGUUCUAUAUGAUCCAACCACAAUUGGGUCAGUAGAAGCGGAUCCAAUUCAGUGUAAACCGCCAUUAACGUUAUCGAGGCCGGAUUCGAACCCGGUACCUCAACGAGUAUUACCUGCUGUAGGUGCUUUUACAGUUCAAUGUGCAAAGUGUUUUAAAUGGAGGCUUAUACCCACAAAAGAGAAGUAUGAGGAAAUAAGAGAAAAUAUUUUAGAGCUUCCAUUUUCAUGUGAUUUAGCAAAAGAAUGGAGACCAGAAGUUAGUUGUGAUGAAGCUGGUGAUUUAGAGCAAGAUAAUAGUAGGUUGUGGGCCAUUGAUAAGCCUAAUAUUGCUCAGCCUCCUCCAGGUUGGGAAAGGGAACUCAGGAUUCGUGGUGAAGGCUGUUCUAAAUUUGCUGAUGUGUACUAUAUUGCACCAUCUGGUAAGAGACUUCGGUCGAUGGUUGAGGUUCAGAGAUACCUGUUGGAACAUCCGGAAUUCGCUAUGCAAGGAGUGACACUCUCCCAGUUUUCAUUUCGAAUUCCAAAGCCCCUGAAAGAAAACUAUGUCAGAAAGCGCACUGCUCGUUUACCUAUGCCAGAUGAGACUAAUUUUGGGAUGCCAGGACCCAGACAUCUCCAGACCAUCGAAGCGAGUCCUUUGUCAUGGGCUGCCCCAGCUGACCCCACACCCUUGCAGCUUAGUCGACCCGGCCUUUCUGCUGAUGUUACCCCGCCAGCAAAAAAGAAGGCUCGGCAAUCCACCAAGCACACUCACAGCAGUAUCCCAUUGCAGCACACUCCACAUACAUUCAAGAUCAAUGGUCCCAGUCUACCUCCGAAUGGUGUCUAUGACCUGUGAUGAGAGUUUUUAGGUAGCUCUUCUUUUCUGGUUACCAGUUACCACCUAGGAUAGUUAUGUGUGAUAUACAAGUACUUCUAGCACAUGCUUUUUGCCGCCCUAUACAGUGUAAGUUCAAGGGAAGUGGAAAAAUGAAAUGGUUUUUUUUGUGAAGUUGGUGAAGAUAUAUUGAGAAAACGAGGGUGGUGGGGUGUCGAUGUAGGGGAGUUUUACAAACUUGCCUUAAGGCGGUUUCUUUUGCUUUCAAACAGAGAAAUGAUGAUAUAUGUUACAAUCUUAAUACUAUAUGUUCUUCAAGCUAGUGAUUUUUGCAACUUGGGCAUAUAUUUUGACUCUUGAA